GACCAUGGGUCUUCCCUGAAGCUUCGAUUCUCUUUUUCUACUCUUGUGUUCGUCUGCUGUUGCUGGCUUGAGGAGUGGUGACGACCUCCAACUGAUGCUGCUCGCGAUGCUGUGAACUCCUCGACUUUCGAGUCCCGUCUCCCGUGGCCGCUGGCGAUUGCCUCCCUGGCAUCUCGAUCUGACAUUCCACAGUCGCUGCCGAUCCCUCUCCGCCCAUCCCCCGCAAAUCGGAUGCAUCUUGCCAGCGUCCCACAUCCGCCGAUCUCUCCAGCCUUCCACUGAUUCCCCAAGCCAAGCCAUGGCGCUCCUGCCUCGCCAUCCCGAGGGCCCCAAUCCGCUCAGCAUCCCAACGCCGCCGCUGCAGCGGACUGCCCUCUUCGUCAUCUUCUUCUUCACGGCCCUCGCUUUCGUCGUCUACUGCCUGCGGGCGUGGGCCCGCAUCCGGACGCGGCAAUGGGGCAUCGACGACUAUCUGGUCACGGGCGCCAUGGUCUUCUCGCUCAUGAUGAUCGGGCCCUUCUACAUGUACAUCAAGCUCAACUACUUCGGCUGGCACGAGGCGGACGUGCCCCCCUUUGACCCGGCGCCGGGCCUGUGGUGGUUCUAUCUGGCCCAGCUCUUCUACAACCCCAUCCUGGCCCUCGUCAAGGCGUCGGUCCUGUGCUUCCUGCUGCGCCUGGGCGGCCAGAAGCCCGGCGUCAAGUUCGCCAUCCACUUCCUCAACGCCUUCAACGCGCUGCAGGCCAUCGCCAUCUUCCUCGUCGCCAUCUUUCAGUGCCUCCCCAUCGAGGCCAACUGGGAUACGGCCCUCCAGGCGGACCCCAACACGCGCUGUAUCAACCACGCGUUCCACGUUAUCAUCUCGAGCAUCACCAUCCUCACCGACUUCCUCGUCAUCCUGCUGCCCUUCUGGAUCUUCCUGGGCCUCAACAUGAAGCGGGCCACCAAGGUGGCUGUGCUGGGCAUCUUCAUGCUCGGUCUCGGGUACGUCUCGCCCGCGCCUCCUUCUUCUCCUCCCCCUUAUUAUCCGCUCGAGACGGCUGCGAGUUAACAUGUUGUUUUUUUCCCCAUCUCCCAGCGUCACCAUGAUCAGCAUUGCCCGCCUCGUCGGCGUCAUCAGGCUCUUCUACGUCGUGCAGCCCAACAAAGACCCGUACCACGACAUCACGGUGACGCUGUCGGUCGUCGAAGCCAACGUGGCCAUCGUCUCCGCCUCGGCGCCCGCCCUGCGCCCGCUCUUACGCAGCAUCUUCCCGGGCCUGUUCGGCGGCAGCAGCGCGCGCUAUCCCAACAACAAGUACAACAACAACCAGUACGGACUCAGCAACAACACGCCCUACUUCAACUCCCGCAGCGGCGGAGCGGGAACGGGCAACGCCUCGCGCGUCGACGCCACCUCGUCCGGCCCCGGCCGCCACGGCAGCAUCCGGCUCAAGAACCUGCGCGGCGUCAAGGGCGGCGGCGCCGGCGGCGGCGGCCACACCGAGU